AAUAAGGUAAAGUUUUGCUGUGCUACAAGUAUAAAACUAUUGAGCUCUUGGCUGUUUUACUCAAUUUUUGGGAUUCAGUGGUUGCUCAAUUAGCUGUUGCACCAUUAAAAGGAUGCAAUGAACCCAGUGCCAAAUCGUGACUUUAUGGAGGUGCAUCCGCUGCAUCAGCAUCAGCCACAUUGCAAGCAGCAAUGUUUUGUAUUCACUGAAAUCGCCGAUAUCGAGCUACCCGCCGAGAUAACUAAAUUCGGUGGCGGCAAUGAGAAGUUGCGGUGCUCCAAUGGCGGCCUGCCGACAUACAAUUGCAAGAAGGACUCUUGCAGCGAGUCUUCCGUUGAGCGACCUGGACGAUCGCGAGGCCGCAAGAUUCUCAUAGGAGUCUGUUUGGUGUUGGUCUGUAUUGCGAUGGCUGGCGGAAUACCGUUGGCACUCCAAUUGCGUUCCUCGUCGCUGUUGGAGGCACGUUUGGCAUUCAUACGACGCCUGUUGACGGAAUCGCCGCUCAUCGAGGGCUCCUGGAAGCCGCCGAGUGACAUUAAAACCAAUAGCAGUGGCAUGGCUGAUAUACGGCAAAAUCAUAUUGGUGCCGUUCUGUGGCCCAUUGCUGUCCACUGUGGUGCUCAGUAUCUGGAUGCGGUGCAGCUUGUCCUCGAGGGCAUCGAUGAGGCGAAACGCAUCACGGCCGCCACGAACUCGAUGCACAUUGUUGAAUCGGCCGAUGAGAUGGAGCAGACCCACAUUCGCGGCGAGGUCGCCGUCCUAAUGGGCAUUGGUGGUGGUCAUGCAUUGGGCACCAGUUUAGCGGUUCUGCGUUCCAUCUAUCUACUGGGCGCUCGUUUCGUUUCAAUUGCGAGCCUGGAGUGCACAACACCUUGGGCUGCUGCAGCCAUACGGCGACGGGAUUACCUCAUCGAGGAAAAUGUGACCAAUUCUCUCAACGAAUUCGGCAAGACAAUGCUUUACGAAAUGAACCGCUUGGGCAUGUUGGUGGAGAUAUCGCAGCUUAGCGAGACCGCUAUGGUUAUAGCUCUGCGCACCGCCAAAGCACCUGUGCUCUUAAUGAAUGCCGCUCCAUUAUCCUUGUGCAAUGGCACCAAUGUCGCCUCCAUACCGGAUCAUGUGCUGAGCUUAUUGCCGGAAAAUGGUGGAGUUAUUUUGCUAAACUUGGAGCGCUGCGGUGAUCGGCCGAUUAGUGUACGGGAAGCGAUACUCGCCAUUAACUAUGUGCGGAAGGUGGCUGGUGUGGAUCACAUUGGAUUGGGUGGAGCACCCAAAAGCUAUGCGCUGCUGUUGGCCGAGCUAGCUCGAGAUAGGGUGUGGGGGAACGCAGCUAUCAAAAAGCUGGUUGGUGGAAAUGUUAUGCGGAUUCUGCGUGAAAUUGAAGCUCUCAAGAAUCGUUUGCCGUUAUAUGAGGAAUGGAUACCACAUGAAUCGAUCGAAAGCAACUCGUAUUGCCGUUAUCCAGAGUCGUAAAUUAACUACUUUAUUAUUAUUUUACGUUUUAAGCAGUAGCAUUUAUUUUUUGCGAUUGCUUGCUCAAGCUUUGAUAAAUAAAUCGCUCGAUUAUGUAGAUGAAAUCUUUCUAAAGACGAUCGUUUUGCGUUCUAGUUCAUUCUUAAUAAAACUUCAAAACUUCUAGUUAUUCUCUGUUAUCGAAAACUUGUAUCAAUAGCGAUAUCUGCGAUAUCGAUCACAGUUUCAUUAGUAUCAGCAGGCCACUGAAAUCAAAUCUUUAUAUGUAUGUAUUUAAUUCGCCAAACCCAGCAUGGAGAAAUCACAUAGUUACAAAAUAAAAUCAAUCUUAAA